UGUGUGUGUGUGUGCGUGUGCGUGUGUGUGUGGGGCGUUCACUCUUUCUCCUGCCACACUAACAACACGUUGCAGCAGCGUCGGCCCACGAACAAAAAGCAGCAGAGCCGCGGGAGGUGAGACGACUUGGUGCUGGAAGCAGGCAGAGUGGCCCAGCGCGACUGCGAGACUCAGCGGGGGAACUCAGCCUGACAUUCACGCUUCCUGCUCCCCGGAGCCCGGCCCGCCUGUCCGUCUCUGCCACACUGUUUUGUCUCCCUUUCGUUCACCUCAGCCGCUGAGAUUCCUGCACCUGCCUUUCUACCCCUCGGCAGGGGCACCAGAGGGGGGGUCCUUUUCUCUUUUCAUCCACCUGUGCCGACGAGAUGUCAGACGACGAGUGCCGCUCGCCCAUCGGCCUGGACUGCUGCAGUUGCUGCCUGGACCUGGCCAACGGCUGCGAUGACCCCAUCGGGGGCCUCGGCGCCACGCCGGGGAGCCCCACCAGCCCCAUCGCCAAUCACUUCCGCCGGCUACGCAGCCAGCUGAUGUACCAGAACACGGACAAGCUGAACAACAUCAUGAGGCAGGACUCCCUGGAAUCGGUGGUGAGGGACCCCUGCUUCCUGCUGAACGAGGGGAUCUGCAACAGCAACAUCGACCAGACCAUGUUGUCGAUACUACUCUUCUUUCACAGUGCCUCUGGUGCUAGCGUGGUGGCCAUCGACAACAAGAUCGAGCAGGCGAUGGAUCUUGUCAAGAACCACCUGAUGUAUGCGGUGCGUGAGGAGGUGGAGGUCCUCAAAGAGCAGAUCAAAGAGCUGGCGGAGAAGAACAACCAGCUGGAACGGGAGAACUACCUGCUGAAGAACCUGGCCAGUCCCGAGCAGAUGGAGAAGUUCCAGUCCCGCAUCCCGGCAGACGCUCUGUUACCGCUGGACAAUCGGAGCGCCCAGGUGACCCCGGAGCACCUGCUGCAGCCCCGCGGCCUCGGCGCUGGCUCCGCUGUAUAAGUGGCUCUGCCUUGGGGCGGGUAGAGCCACUGUCUCUUUACAGUAAUGGACCUCCAUUUGAACGUAAGCGUUACGACGUAUUGCCGCCGAGAAGCCUUCACAGCGAGGGCGACGCGCCGGGGCUGUGAGUGACCGAUGGGACGCUAACGAACUGUUGAGACCGACGAGCACGCUGCAGAACUCGAGACGCUCUGAGCGGUGGCGCGUGUCGGGACCUCCGAUGCCGUCCAACUCUUUGUCGUAGACAAAAGCGCUGGGGAGGGUGGUGGGGGGGGGGUGCCGAUAGGCACCGACGAGCGCUUGCUUUCAGACGGCAGGGAUGUGCUUUCCCUGCCCAGACGAACCCUUCUAGCAAACGCCCUUUUCUCCAGAGAGGGUGGGCGGGCCGGGGGGGGCAAGGAAGUGUCGAUCGGGCCGGCCCUGUGCGGGGGCUGACUUGGGGGGAUCGCUGACCCAGAGGCGAGUCUGAGGCGGUCCUCCACGUCUCAGCUAGGAAAGCCCCGCCGGAGUGGAUUUGUCCGAUCCAACAUGCAGCCCCCACCCCGUCUCCCCUCCCCAGCGGGACAUUCCAGCCCCAUAACGGCUUUUCCUGUACCUAAAAUGUAUUGCUGUGUUUGUGUAAUCGAAGCGUAGCAGGAAUAAUCAGGAUAAGCUAAUGGAACGGAGGUGGAGCCAAGUCACAGCUGAUGGACUGCUGCAGUAGACUGACCAGGAUACUGAAAUGACUCGUAAAAAUGUAAUCUUUCAUUGCCUGAUGAUGAUGAUAAAGAUGCACUCCUGAUUUUAGCAGCAUCUGGUCUGUUACUCGCUCGGAUGUUUGAAGACUAUGGCAUGACAACAUUGCCUGUCCUUAGUAAGAGAGGAACACAUUUCCACACUGAACUCUGUUGUUGUUGUUGUUGUUGUUGGUUUUUAUAGCUACCUAAGACUUUGCCCCUUUUUUUUUUUUCUCAACGACUGAAGCCGAGCAAACCAAGACCAUGUGUAAACCGUCACAGGGUGAAACCUAUUUUUUAGCUAGUGCUAAAGUUUUGAUGUGUUUUGUAAAGAUAACGGCAUUGUUGCUGUAAAGUAUCCUUGUAAAAGUGGUUCACUAUGGUGUUUGGAUGCAACUGCACAUUUGCAAUAAACCUUAUGUUUACAUAAUGCCAAA